GAAUCCUGUAUGUCCGCAACUUGCCCUACAAGAUCAGUGCAGAUGAGCUUUACGAUAUCUUUGGCAAGUACGGCUCGAUUCGUCAGAUCCGCCGUGGCAACGGCCCUGAGACAAGGGGCACCUGCUUUGUGGUCUACGACGACAUCUACGACGCCAAGAAUGCUAUGGAUCACUUGAGUGGCUUCAACGUCGCGGGACG